UCCUGUCGCAGUGUGUAGCAUCAAUUAUGUCUCAUUUCCAACAAAAAAAAAUGUCACUAUAAGUGGCUGUUUCCAAAUUUCCAAUUUCCAAUGCAUUCUUUUUAAUCCGUGGAAACCACCAUCAUGCCAUUCGAGAGAUUUGUGGAGUCUGGUCGUGUUGCCUACGUAAGUGAUGGCAUCCACAAGGGCAAAUUGGUGUCAAUUGUCGACAUUAUCGACCAAAACCGGGUUUUGGUUGAUGGACCACUAUCAAAUAUCCCAAGAGGAGAGAUGCGUUUGUCACAAUUACAUUUAACCAAAUUCCGUCUGCGUUUUCCAUACACUGGUUCCACCAAUGUUGUAAGAAAAGCUUGGGAAGCAGCUGACCUUGAUAAGAAAUGGAGUGAGACAAUGUGGGCCAAGAAAGUCGAGAACAAAAAGAAGCGUGCUGCAAUGAGUGAUUUUGAUCGUUUCAAGCUUGGCAAAGCCAAGCAAAUUAGAAACAAAAUGAGGACAGAUGUCUUCUUCUGCCUCAAGAAACACAUGAGAACUCGCAAAAAUACAAAGGCCUCAGGCAAGCCAGUGCCACCAAAAAAAGAAGAAUAAUUUUGUAUGUAAUUGAUUGGAAAAUAUAUUUAAAAACCUUAUAUAA